AUGCUUUCUCCUGAAUUCAUCGAGGACUGCGUUCGGACCCUUCACGAGGCUGUUAGGGUCAACUACGAUCCGGACCAAAUUCUUUUCCCGGACGUCGUCGUUACAAGUGAUCCGCACGCUGUCUCUGAGACUGAGGCUCAGUUUUACUAUGGAGGGCUCCAUUCUGCACCAAGAUUACUCUAUCGUACAGGCAAGAAGUGGAUACAAUCCUGCUUACUUGAGCCUCCGGACCGUUCGAAGGAGCUAGUCCCAGUUUUCAAUCAUCCGAUUACGAAGGUGUGGAACGACGACCUGGGUUGGGAGAUUAUUCGUUUCACGACUAUUGAUGUUGUUCGCUUCAGGGCACCUGAACCUUUAGGUAACGAUGAAUAUGGGUACCCAGUCCUCAGUCCCGUCACUAUCUGGGUUGGUGUUUUCCCGGGGUCUGUCACUGCCACUGCUGCCCACGAUGUGGCUCAGAUACUUCUGGAUCUCCUCAAGGUCUACCAAAUCACCGAUGUCGACAUUGACUUCCGCGAAUCAUUCUACAUGUCUAAGAGUGGUCCUCAACUUCUUAAACCUGUUCGGUUUCGGGACCCAGUCGUUGACGUCGUUAGUCCCCUUACUCCUUCCCUUGGCCUUCAUAUCUCUACAAGGGCCAGGCCCAACACAGAAGGGACUAUGGCUCUUUAUCUUGCCAAGGGUGACGGUAGCAAUGACCUCCUGGGCCUGUCUUGCCGUCACGUCCUCAUUGGACGUAAGGAGGCCAAUGUUGAUUAUGUUUGCCACCCCGGUGGACUUCUUCAAGACGUCCUUUUGUUCGGGAAGAGAUCUUAUGCCAACCUCGUUCAGUCGAUCAAAGUCAGAAUUGCAGACCAUAGCACCUGGGUCGAGCUCUGGGAGGAGUGGCAGAAGGAUCCUGCCAAUGAAAACGAUAAAUAUCGGUCAAAAAUCGAGAGUUCCCUGGAGGCGAUGGAGGCACUCGGAGCGUUGUAUGAGCAGGUUAACAAGAAUUGGAAAAGAUUCAACAAUCGCAUUCUUGGCCACAUCAUCUGCUCUCCAGCCCUCCGCCUCGGUGUCGGUGAACAGCGCUUCACGGAGGAUUGGGGAAUAUUCAGCAUCGACCGAACCAAGCUCGGUGAUGGCUUCCAGGGCAACCAAAUAGAUCUCGGACCAAAGGGAGGACCUGAUGAAUUCUAUAUCCAGUGUUUUUCCGACAAUUGGCAGUUUGCACAUGAUCCUUUAGAACGCUUGCUUCCCCUCGAAAGUAUCAUCCCUGAUAGCUUGAUGCACACCCCUGACAUGUGGGACGUGAAUCACGAACCAUGCUUGGUAGUUGUCAAGAAUGGUAAUGCCACUGGCACCACUUAUGGUCGCGCAAACGGCCCUUUUUCUAUCGUCCGUACGUACUUCCUAGAUAUGUCGAUCCACCAAACCUCCAUGGAGUGGGGGAUCAUGAACUAUGGUUAUAAGGUUGGAGUUUUUUCGGAGCCUGGUGAUUCAGGUUCGAUAAUUGCUGACUUGCGUGGCCGUAUUGGUGGCAUGAUUACUGGUGGUGCUGGCCAUACAAAGGGUUCCGACUUGACUUAUGCCACGCCAUUCUGGUGGCUCCUUGAGCGUAUCAAGGCCAAUGGGUUCCCCGACGUGCACCUUGGCGUUGUUGCCUAGGCAGUUCAGCAUUUUUACAUCGCUGUGAGGCUUUGACUACAUAUCUUUAUUGAGUAUAUAUUAUAUAUAACAAGAAUAAUGUACAUUUAAAUGACCGGUGGGGGGAGGGAAGUAGAACAUAAAUAUGUACUACAGUGUUCUAGGGCCCUUUGAUACAAAACUUCAAGUUUCAACAAACAAGACCACUACACAUUCACACCUGACGGGAACGCUUUUCCCGGCCGAGAAAUAUAUGACCUUGCUUGCUUAGGUCCUUCUCCAGUC